CUCUCUGCCGCCUCUCUGCCGCCUCGCCCCUCCUUUCGCCCUCCUCGCCCGCUUAAAGGAGGAGCGUUUUGGUGUGCUUGCUUGGCGGUGGCCGAAGCGCUGAGGCGGCGCGUGUGCGCAGGUGGCGGGCAGACGCGACCCGGACCAAGAGCGGAGGCGCGCGAGUGGAAAUCGAGGCGUGACAGGGCGGAGCGCUUCCGCGGGCGCGCCUACGAGGACGCGCUGCGCGACGGCGUGCUGCUCUGCAAGCUCAUGAACCGCCUGCAGCCAGGCCUCGUGCCGCGCAUCAACACCUCGGGCGGCGACUACAAGAUGAUGGACAACCUCAGCCAGUUCCAGAAGGCGUGCGUCAAGUACGGCGUCCCGGACGUUGACCUGUUCCAGACCGUCGACCUGUGGGACAAGAAGAACAUCGUGAACGUGACAGUCACGAUUUUCGCUAUUGGAAGAACGGCGUACAAGCACCCCGAGUGGCGCGGCCCGUGCCUGGGCCCGCGCCCGUCCGAGGAGCACCGGCGCGAGUGGACUGAGGAGCAGCUGCGCGCCGGGGAGGCCAUCAUCGGCCUGCAGGCCGGCCAGAACCGCGGCGCCACCCAGUCGGGCCAGAACUUCGGCGCCUCCCGCAAGAUCCUGCUGGGCAAAUGAACCUCUCGCCCCGACGCUCGCCGCCCGCCGCCCCCGCCCUCGCUCUCGCCCUCUUCUCUCGCACGCUCCACGCUCCCCGCCCCACGCUCCUCGCUCCUCGCACCGGACUCCUCGGGUAGACGAGGUGCGACUGCAACACUCAUCGACCAGCGCUGUCGUCGCGGAAAAUGGCGAAGAGUUGAAACACCUUUUUUUCUCGUAUCGAAAGUUUUUAUGAACCACUUGUGAAAUGAAAAAAACACCCGUUUGAUUUAUUACUCCGGUUUAAUAUUGGAUACGUAUCAAGCGGUUUAGUUUUAAAAAAUGAAAUAUACCUCUAAUUUUAAUGCGAUUUCCAAACCAUUCAUUUUUGCAGACGUAGCAUUUUUCCGUGACUGCGUUUCGGACUCCUUGUCUACGACUGAGACGGUUCACUCUGCUGUUCUUCCUGCCACUCCUCGCUGCUCCGAAGCGGAGACUGCCGCUUGUUGGAAAACUUUUAGGUUAUGUAAGAUAUUCUCAGAGCUUUUUUAUGCAGCCAUUUUCUUCUUACUCUGCAUUACCCCCUAAAUGUUAGAUAAUCAAUACAAUAAAGCAAAUAUUCCUUAUUUAAAUGUCCUUUGCUAAUGAAGGUGAGUAAUGAAAUAAUACGUUCGUCUUUAAUCAUUCCAUCUAACGUUAUCUACUGUGUGACUACAUUUCUAUAUCCAACUAAGACAUUCGCAAUUUAUGAAUAGGAAAGAAUAUUCUUAAAAAAGACGAACUUAAAUGCGGUAAUAUAGGAUUUUACUGAUUCACAUCAAGAGGAAAAAAUCUUCAUAUAUCAGACAGGUUUAUUUCUGAUGCUUUUAUAAGAAGAAAAUACGAAGACUGCAAAAUAAACUUGUUAAUGUAGUCAAGCGUUACAUUCUAUUAUGAGUCUUUCUGCAGAUUAGAAGUAAAACAAUCAAUCCAUUCACCAUUUUCUGCGUGAUUUGCUUUGCUUGCUUGCGACUCCUAGCAGUCGCAUUUGAAUGGCGGGCGCACAUAAAUAUUUUCAUUUCGACUCAUUUUUAAAAUAUACUAUGCUGUAGUACAAUAUCAUAUCAAAAUAUUUUUUUGUUAGAAACUGCAAUUUUCUAAGCUGUACAUGGAUGUAGGUGACAUUUGCAAACCCGUUUAAUUUUCAUUUAAGUCCAUUUCUAUUUAUUAAAAGUAAAAAAUAAUAAUUCGAAUAACAAUUCAUCGAACUACUGAAAAAGUUAAGAAUUGUAAUUUUUUUCGCACUAUGAAAUUUAUCUUACUUGUAUAAUAUUGCAAAUGGUGCCUAGCGGAUCUCUUCAGGAUUAAUAGAAUUUAACAUAUUUUUGUAAACUUGUUUGUAGAUGUUUAUUAUUAAUUUGCUUCAGUAAAAUAUUAAUUUAUUUUGUGUAUAUUGAAACAAAGAAAGUUCUUUCUCUGAAA